AUGAGAGAUGGUGUCGGAGUGAACUAUGGUGUCGUCGCAGUGGUGAACAUCGAAUUCGGCCACGAGACCGUCGGGAAGGUGGCUGCUGGAGCCAACAACAAGGCCAUGUGGCUGCAAGGCUAUGGCAGCCAUAGAGCCGUGUGCUUAAACUGUGGUCUUGGCCAAGAGGCCUUGCGGCGGCGCAAGGCUCACAUUGACAACGCUUUGUGGUGGAGUGGCGCCUGCAGCCAAGGGGCCAAGCGGUGGAGCGACUGUAUGGGCAAGCACAGCACUCUCGGUAAAGUGAAGCAACGGCAUGGGCCAGUGCCAUGA